CCAACGGUCGACGAAUGUGAUCGAAGAUGUCUUAAUCUUAUCCAAGAGGAGCACCGUGUGGUCUGGACGAGCGGCCGCGGUUCAUCUCGACCCACCGCGCGCAGUCCGGCCGCCUCUGUAUGUACUCUAGCUCCAUCCCUCUAGCUACCUCCUUCUCACUCACUUUCUUCCUACGCCUCGAUCGCUUUACCGAAUAUGGCCGCGCCUUCUCCUGCCGUCGCCGCCAACGGCGCGCCCUCCGUCGGGCUCCUGCCGCCGGGACGCCGUGCACCGUGUAGCGCCGUCCCGCUGCCGUCGAUGAGGAAUGGCAGCAGGGCCACGCCAGGGCGGGUUCGCGCGGUGGGCGACGUGGCGGCGGAGGGCAAUACCUUCCUCAUCGCCGGCGCCGUGGCAGUGGCCCUCGUCGGCACCGCCUUCCCCAUCUUCUUCUCCCGCAAAGACACGUGCCCCGAGUGCGACGGCGCCGGGUUCGUGCGCAAGUCCGGCUCCACGCUGAGAGCGAACGCGGCGAGGAAGGACCUGCCGCAGAUCGUCUGCGCCAACUGCAACGGCCUCGGCAAGCUCGGGCAGGUCGACAAGUAGAGUCAUCGAUCUCUGGCAUAAAAAAACACCUACACGUAUACACCCGCUGCCUGGAUCUUCUUCUUUCUGUGUGGAAUGCAUGAAUCUUACAGGACUGAAUUGAUCUAGCUACUUACAAAACUCGGCUUGCAUGGAUCGAUGCUGUACUGGCUAGAGCACUCCUGUAAAAUUCACGCGUUUCCCGCAGAAGCCUCCUUCACUUGUGUUCCUUGAUCUUUGUUGGUUAAUCUGUGUAAGUGUUACCAAUGUACGUGGUGUUAAUACGACUUGUGUUCCUAUAUAUGUAUAGAUACAUGUUUUGUGUUGUUUCACUUGUGGUCUAAGCAUGCAGACGGACUGUGUCUGUGUGUUUACAAAAAUAAAACAUGCGGUACACUCA